UAUAGAUCCUCCAAAAAUCGUAACUUUUGAUAGAAUUGAAGGUGUCGAUUCUCUUGAAUCAAUUCUGAACAAUGAUUUUGAUAAGACCGAAAUUGAUACAUUUUCCUGCAAGGACAUGCAUCCAAUGACUAUUAUAGCGAUAAUGUUCUCUCCCAAAGCAACUGGAUAUUCUAAUAGUAGAUUGUUUAUUUCUAAAAUUGCACUUAUGUAUCCGUCGAACCAGGAGGUACCCGUAAUGUCUUCCGGUGACAUUGGUCUAUGGUAUGCAUCUUUAAAUUGGAAUUACGGUGUGAUCUUGACCGUUCGUUGUAUAAUUUCGUAUGUGACAGUGAUCAAGUGUUCAAUAUUCAGCGAUAAGAACAUGUAUGAAACGAUAGAAAAAUACAAGGUUUCGUGGAUAUUUCUUGAAAGUAAAAUGUGCAGAAAUAUGACUAAUACCGAUAUCCGUAUGUAUGAUAUCUCUUCCUUGAAGCAAUUGGUAAUCGAUGAUUCAACCAUAAAUUUCAGAGAAGCUCAACAAGUAUUCCACGAUAAAUUUAAAUGUUUGAACGUUUCUAUCGUUCAAGUAUACAGUAUAAUGAACAUAAUUUUUGCUUUCCAACGAGGUAAUCUGAGGCUCGGAUCUAGCGGUUAUGUGGCCAAAAAUGUUCAAUUACAGUUUAGCAAUAUAGAAUCGCAAAAAAUACUUGGUUCGAACAGAACAGGCAUAAUCUGGUACAAACUUAUAAUCAAGUGGUGCUCUCCUGCGACGUGUAAAUUGCCAAAUUGUUACAACUAUCGAGCAAAAAAGGACACUGAAGCACAACUUAUUUCUAAGAUUAUAGAAAUAUAUUUUAAUCAAUGGUACUAUACCGGAGAUUACGGCUAUUAUGAAAAGGAUGGCGAAAUCUUCUUCAUCGAUAAAGUAAAGGAUCUUAUUAAAUAUAGAAUAUUCUAUCUUUCACCUGCAAAAAUUGAGAAUACGUUACUACAACAUUCAGCAGUGUCAGAAGUUACUGUACGAUCUGUGCCACAUAUUAUUAAUGGUCAACAUCCUGUAGCUUAUGUUAAGAAAAAACACGGAGCAAAGGUGACAGAAGACGAAUUGAUAAAAUUUGUAGCACAGAAUUUACCUGAGAUCUACCAACUGCGCGGAGGCCUGCAAUUCAAAGCAUCCUUGCCACAUCUUCCCAAUGGAAAAAUCGAUCGAAUGCUCGUAAUUGGCGAUCGAAUGAUUUAAUAUUA